UUGGCCAGACCCAAAACCUCAGACAAAGAAGAAGAACUAAAGGAAAAGAUUCCAUCCGUGGUAACAUCAGAAGCUUGGCGUGAAUAUCACUCGCAGAAAGAAAAUGAAAAGAAAAAGAAAGAAGAAGAAAAAAACCAAAGAAAAAUUGCAAGAGAGCAAAAACGUAUAUUGAAAGAGAAGCCAAAACGGGAUAUUUCUGAUGACGAUGGAGAAGAUGAAGAGUGGGUCGAGAGUGGUAGCAGCUGUGAUGACAUAGACUUUUGUGAUGACCCUAACAAAGACUUUUGCCCAUUAACUCACGGAGAACUUAGUGUGGGAAACUAUGUACUUGUGAAAUUCUUAGGUGGAGUCAUCGUUGCUAUGUACGGAAACGACCGUUUAGCUAUAUACAACGACAAAAAUACAUUUAAAAUAACUCUAAACCAACCGUCCAUAUAUCCUUUCUCCAAAAAACUACUUAUCAUCGAUUCAGCUUGCAAUUUUUACACGUGGCACGUCGAAACUGGCGUUUUUAUCAGCAUUACGAACAACCACAUCUUAGAACCAGUGACUUUCAACGUGGGAGCCUUCAGUCCACAUAAAUCUGUUGUAGCUGCUUUCUUCGAUCAAUUAGGCAUCCAUUUUUGCCAUAUAUAUAGUUUAGAUGUGGAAAUUAACUCAGUGAAGUUGCUUAAGAGGUUGAAAUUUACUGAAAAAAUGACGACUGCCAAAUUUUCCUGUGAUGGAUCGCUCCUAGCGGUCGGAAUGGCCAGUGGUAGUAUUAAGGUAUAUAAUCUAGACGAAAAUUACAAGGAAACUAUUCUUAAUCUGCACGAAGAUCCCAUUCAAGAUUUAACAUUUUCUCCACACAAAGAACCUAUAUUGGUAAGUAUGGGAGAAGAAAUUGCGUGGUGGAACCUAAGAUUGCUGAGGCCAUUCCAAAAAACUGAAAGAAGAGGACGAAGACCGAAUAGCCUUGAUAUCUUAGAAGAUCUUACAUCGGAUUUCAGCUCCAUGGACGUAUCUUUCUGGUCCGAACGACAGCCAGUCAAAGGUUCGCCGUGUCUUCUUUCUUGCAUUAAGUUGAAUGAUAAAGUGAAGUACAUGUCUGCUUCCAACGACUUCAAUUCCUUCCUAACCAUCGAUGUAACGGGAAAAGUUUAUAUCAUGGAUAUCAUACUGCCUGCCUGUGAAGACCUCUGA